CAGGGACAGGGUCGCAGGGACAGACGCGGGGGCCGAGGUGGGGACAGAGGCGCGGAGGCAGGCGCGGAGGCAGACGCGGGGACAGAGGCGCAGGGACUGAGGUGGGAACAGAGGUGCGGGGACAGACUUGGGGACCUAGACUUGGGGACCUAGGUGGGGACAGACGGGGCCCCGCUCACCCCGCCCGCAGCGCCCGCCACGCUGCUGCCUGGAGGUCCGGACGCGGUUGCUGAGUUUCUCCCUCAUCCAACUUAGCAGCGCGGGUCUGACUCUUCGCUGCACCUGAGAGGUCCGGCCAAGGCCGGCUCAUGAGAGCUCUUCCUGGAAGUGAGGUCGCGCCGUCCUGAAGACGCCCUGCAGCUGCCGUCCGGGGGUCUUGGAGUGACUGCUGAUGGGCCCGGUCGGUUUACACAACAUUGGGCAGACCUGCUGCCUUAACUCCCUGAUCCAGGUGUUCGUUAUGAACGUGGAAUUCACCAAGAUACUGAAGAGGAUGACAGUGCCAAGGGAAGCUGCGGAGCAGAGGAGAAGUGUCCCUUUCCAGCUGCUCUUGCUGCUGGAGAAGAUGCAGGACAGCCGGGAGAAAGCGGUGCGACCCAUGGGGCUGGCCUACUGUCUCCAGAUGUACAGUGUACCACUGUUUGUCCAGCAUGAUGCUGCCCAGCUCUACCUCACAGUCUGGAACCUGAUUAAAGACCAAAUCACAGAUGUGGACUUGGUAGCGAGGCUGCAGGCCCUCUAUGCCAUUCGCGUGAGGGAGUCCCUCGUUUGCCUUGAAUGUACCAUGGAGAGUGACAGAAGCAGCAGCAUGCUGACCCUCCCCGUCUCUCUUUUCGACAUGGAUUCAAAGCCCCUGAAAACACUGGAGGACGCCCUCCGCUGUUUCUUCCAGCCCAGGGAGCUGUCCAGCGAGGACAUGUGCUUCUGUGGGAACUGUGAGAAGAAGACCUGCUGGAAGCAGGUCUUGACACUGACCCACCUGCCCCAGACAUUGACCAUCCACCUCAUGCGUUUCUCCAGCAAAAAUCUGCGGACAGAAAAAAUCUGCCACUCACUGUGUUUCCCCCAGAACUUGGAUCUAAAUGAGCUCCUUGAGAUGGAGGGAGAGCCCUGCGCUGCUGAGGAGCAGCGUGGGGGACAGUAUGAACUCUUCGCUGUGAUUGCCCAUGUGGGGAAGGCUGACUUCGGUCACUACUGUGCUUAUGUCCGGAGUUCUGUGAAUGGAAAAUGGUUCUGCUUCAACGACUCCAACGUUUGCUGGGUGUCCUGGGAAGAUGUCCAGUGUACCUAUGGAGAUCACAGCUACCGCUGGCGGGAAACUGCAUAUCUUCUGGUUUACAUGAAGAUUGAGUCCUAAUGGAUGUACCCUAAACCUUCAGAGACCUACAGAGUAUCAUUUUCCUUUUCUGUUCCUGGAUCUGCAGACUCUUUUAAGAUAUUCUGCAGUGAGGAGAGGCACUGUUUUGAAAUUGUUUAAUUAAACUUUAUUUAUUAUCAGUGGUGGUUAUCAAAAUACUUAACAGUGACACUCUGCAGGUUUGGAUCAGUCAGAGUGGAUACUUCCACCAGUGGACCCUGGCCCCAUGGCUGCAUCAGGUCUGGAGUACUCCUGCUGUACAAGGUGGUGGUCCUUCAGCUGGGAGAUUGUGGAGCCCAGGGGCUCCCAGGGGAGUAGAAACCAGGCCAGCACUGGUAGCAGGGGGCAGUCAGGUGGCAAGGGGCAGUGGUAGGGAACUAUUUCCAUAUUUUACAGCUAAGGUUACUGUACUGGUUGGUACUGACUGUAUAUCAUUUCUGUUUAUAAUUUAAAAAAUUUUAGAACCUGUAUCAAUUACAUAAAACUCAAGUACUUUGUAAUUGUUAUUCAUUUAUUUGGCAAAUAUGUAUUGAUCACCUACUGUCCAUGAGAUGGUGUGCCAGACACAAUAAUGAAUAAAGUUCUUUCUCUCGAAAGGAGUUUUUAGUUUAAUGGGGGUUAUACUAAGGGUUAAUGCUACAGGAAUUCAAAGGAAGGUGAAAUUUCUCCUGUUUGGGGGCCAUGGGAGAAGGCUGAAGGCUGAAAUGGGGCUUAGAGUGAGGACAGUUAGUUUACAGGGAGAAGCAUACCCAGUGGCAUGCUUGA